AUGCCUCCAUGGACCUGUACACGUCAGCACACGCUACAGGCGUUGGCGCUCCUCACGACGGCUCUCGCGGACGUGAGCCGCAGGGCCGUCGACUCCCCGGUUAAGGCGAAUCGCUUUCGUUCUUUAGUGCGUGAUGACGUGGCCAGCGCCAAUACGAGCAGCGGGUCGCAGUCCAGCAUCGUGAUUCACGAUGACGUGGCAGACGAAGCCGCGAGUUUCAUGGCGCACGACGCGCCGUGGAUUGCGGAUGCGGACGACGGCGGCUCCACGAUACACUAUAGCGACGAAAGCCUAGAAAUAAGACCAGACGGAAGAGCGAAUUGGAACAUUCACAGAAACGACGAGGAAACUCACGGCGGGUUGGAAAGCCAAGGCAGCUCGCGCUUCGGACAGGGAGAUAGGAGCGACUCGGCAGCAGCGCGCGGCAGCGCGCGGAAAGAGGCAACGGGUAGGGUUCGCGCGCGGCGGACGAAAACCGCGGGCGAGUCGAACGGAUUCUCCGCAGCGGAGGCAGCGGGAGAGGGCUCCUGUGAACACGAGGUGACCGUUGAGACGACUCAACCGUCAUGCCGGACUGAAUCUGUGGGCGAGUCGACUGAAGCUCGAGGCUCGGGCGAUUCGAGCGCGGUUUUUGCAGCAGAGGCAGCGGAAGGGAGAUCCCGCGCGCACGCGCCGUCCGUUGAAGGGUCAGCUCGUCGCAAGUCGUCUCGGUUGCCCACCUCGCACUCCCGCUUUCUGUUACUGGGGUCGCUUUUAGCGGAGCAGCAGCUGCUGCAGGGGGUGGGGCAGCCGGGGGAAAGGAAGCAGGGAGUUGGGCGGCAAGGGGCGGCAGCACUGCUGCUGGACGUGCGAGGGCAGAUUAAAGCCGCCACUGCUGCAGCGGUUAAGUUAACCAUGGGGGAGGGCAUGAGGCACGGAGACAAAAGGAGAGGAGCAGGAGGAGAGGGGGAAGCGGAGAGGGAGUGGGAGGGGGAGGAUGGGAAGGAUGCUGACAUGGCAGUAGCAGACGCUUCGUUGAUUGGCCGAAGCAUUUACGAUUUGAGCGAUGGGACAACGGUUGUUGACGACUGGGUGGCGACGGUUUCGUCUCUACUCAUGGAUGACGAGCCUAGAGCGGAUAGUGUAGUUUUCCCGCUUCAUCUGGUCCCAAUGUCUUUAAUCUCCUCUAAGAGUUUAGUCUCCUCCACUAACGCCGGCGGCUCCUCCUUAAAGCCCACGCCCACAGCAGCUGCGUUCACUGUUAACUUGGAGUUACGUGUGGUAACGGGGUUACAGGCAGAGGUGAACCAUCCACUGCUGGUUUCACCUGGAGGAGACGCUCAGGUGAAAAGCCAGGUUGAAGGUCAGGUGGCGCCGUUUACGACCACGCUGCUGCUGGGUGUGAUGACCCCUGUGGAACAGAGUCACGGAGACGGGGAGGAUAGUAAGGGAAAGGUAAGGGGAGUGAGGGAGGGCAGGGAGGGAGAAAAAGGGAAGGAAGGCAGGGGAAAGGGGAAGGAGAAGGAGGUCAAGGGAGGAGAGGGGAAGGGUGGGUCAAAGGGCGAGGGGGGGGAGAUGAAGGGGAAGCAGCAGCGGCAGAAGCAACUGCUGCCACGUCAGAAAUCGGGGCAUCUGAGAAACCUCUCGGAAGGUUCCCUGCCUUUGGACUGGGGCAACAGAGGAAAUGGGGAUGAUGGUGUGGGUAUGGAAGGGGGAGAGGUGGAUGGAGAGGAUUUAAGAAGGAAAGACUCGUAUAAUGCUGCUUCGACCGACGGGCGGCCGCAGCAGUCCAAAAAGCAGGAAGAUGCUUAUAACGCGGAUGAUUUAGAUGGAGAGUCACGUGAAGGAGAAGGGUUGGAGGAUGCUUGUAACGAGGAUGGUUUUCGUGGUAACGAAUCGCAUGGUUCGCUACGCUCUAAUCGUUCUUGCAAGGGUGGGAGUGCUGGUGAGUGUGCGGCGGCAGUGGAUAAGAGGCAAGAGGCGGGUUUCGGAGUAGAUAGUGGGAGAAGCAAGGCAGUGGGGCGAUCUGAGUCGCUUCUGAGAAAUGUGACUAGUGACUCUGGCUCAGGCAGUCUCGGGGAAAAUAGUGGCAGGAGCAAGGCAGUGGGGAAACAAGAGGACGGUGUGAGAGGAGGCAGCGAGGGUGUGGGGAUGAUGGGAGGAGCAAAUGGUGAAUUUUUUGGGACUCUGGAGAGAGAGCGCGGUGUGAGAGGAGGUGGCGAGGGUGUGGGGAUGAUGGGAGGAGCAAAUGGUGAAUUUUUUGGGACUCUGGAGAGAGAGCGCGGUGUGAGAGGAGGUGGCGAGGGUGUGGGGAUGAUGGGAAGAGCAGACGGAGCAGGAUGGGAUGGGAUUGGGAGGUCUCAAACAACGGGUGCUGUAUGGCAUGAGAGUGGGAGGUCGUGUGAGGAACGGGAGAGAGGAGGAGGACGAGAAGGAGGACGAGAAGAGGGGCGAGGAGGAGGACGAGGAGGAGGGUCUUCCAUGGGAAGGCGUUUACUGGUGCAGGCUGCAUCCGAGUCACAUCCACAUGAAAAGGCAGGCUUCAGGAAAGCGCGGGAGCAUGUGAGGAGGAGAGGGGCGUCCCUUGAGUGCUUCCCUGUGGCGUUCACUCUCAGCGAUCGCUAUGCAGGGAGGGCGUCUUCUGUUGAGACUCAUGAGAGGGGUUCUGUUAGCGAUCGCUAUGCAGGGAGGGGGUCUUCUGUUGAGACGCAUGAGAGAGGUUCUGUUAGCGGUGGCCGCCCAGGGAAGGCGUCUUCCUCUGAGCCUACUGGAAGGGUUUCCCGUGUUGAUCGUGGCACAGGGAGAGGGAAGAAGGAGGAGGAGCAGGAGGAGGAGCAGGAGGAGGAGGAAGAGGAGCAGGAGGAGGAGGAAGAGGAGCAGGAGGAGGAGGAAGGGGAGGAGGAAGAGGAGGAGGGAGAGGAGGAAGAGGAGGAGGGAGAAGAGGAGGAGGAAGGGGAGGAGGGGGAGGUGGAAGAGGAGGAAGAUGGGGAAGAGGAGGGAGAUGAGGAGGAGGGGGAACAGGAUGAGGAUGGGGAAGAGGAGGGGGGAGAGGAGGAGGAGGGGGUGGAAGAGGAGGAGGCAGCAGGAGGGGCAGUGGGUGGCGGUGCUAGCAUGGCAGUGGCAGGGGCAGGCGCAACCAGGAGCGCAACUGUCUCUCCAGCAGCAUUCAGCUGGUCCGUGGCAGCAGCAGCAGUUACAUCAACUGCAGCAGCAGCAACAGAUGCAACAGCAGCAGCAGCAGCAGCAGCAGCAGCAGCAGCAGCAGCAGCAGCAGCAGCAGCAGCAGCAGAUGCAGCAGCAGCAACAGCAGCAGCAGCAGCAGCAGCAGAUGCAGCAACAGCUGCUGCAACAACAACAGCAGCAGCAGCAGCAGCAGCAGCAGCAGCAGCAGCAGCAGCAGCACGCGCAGGCAGCAAGGUCAAGGGCAGGGCAGAGACCAGAGGCACUCGUGUCUUGUUAUCCAACUCAACAGUCAGCAGCAAGCAGGCCUGGGACAGCCGUUUCUCACCCUCUCCGUGA